UCUUGUCUGGCCGGUGGUUGAGGGUGCUCUCGUUUCGUUCUCUUCCUCCCUUGUGGUCUUGAUUAUCUUGCGUCUUCGAAUUGCAAACCAGACCUUCCCUUCCGGCGCCUUUUUCUACAUUGAUCCGAUUCGAGCGCGAUGGCCUGCUCUGUUCUGAUCGGAAAUGCUCAUGUGGUCGUUCCCAGGCCGACAUAAACAACUUCCCCGGCGUGCCUCUCCUGAAACCGCCUCUCCGCCUUGCCCAACACUCAACCCCUCCCGCUAGUGUGCGGCAUCUGGCUGUACUGGCUUUCAGUCUCUCGACCGAGUACAUGUGGCUGUUCGAAUAGGCCGCGACAAUGAAGGGCUUCAGACAGAGAGUGCACGAGCAGUUGUCGAGAGCAAAAGAUGCGAAUAAAUCCUCCAAAAAGAAAGACGCUCAGAAUCAAUCGUCGCUGGGGAUCCAUCAAGGCCAACAGUCCUCGUCCCCAAACCAAGGCACCCCGACUUCCUCCUCGACGUCCGUGAACGAUGCUAGGAAAUCGCCGGAUAAUGCUGCGCAGGCCGGGUCUUACCCCCAGGGUCAGUACUAUGUUCAGCAGGGUGCGGGAGCGGCCGGCCAGCCCGUGAAUAAUGGAGCCCCAGGAACUCCGACGAAGCAGGGACAGCAAAUGGCCCCCAGUGUGGUUAUUAGCCCCAGUGCGCCGCAUGUCCCUCCUCCCGGUGCCGCCGAGACGAUGCCGGGAGAUCUGGCACCCCCGAGGAAGUCCCACGUUUUCGAUCGCCUCCAGACAACGCCCAAGGAUAUGUCCGAGGGUAUUCGGACCCCCAAGCGUCAGCAUUCAUCGCGAUUUGAUAUCUCCGACCAGCGUCAGCGGGAACUGGAGAAGCUUCCUGGAUUCCACGAGGUGCCCCCUAACCGGCGCCAAGAGCUAUUCAUGCAGAAGAUCGAUCAGUGUAACAUCAUUUUCGACUUUAACGACCCCACUGCGGACAUGAAAUCCAAAGAGAUCAAGAGACUGGCGCUCCACGAGCUCCUGGAUUACGUCGCCAACAACCGCUCGGUCAUCACCGAACCCAUGUAUCCGCGGGUGGUGGAAAUGUUCGCCAAAAACCUGUUCCGACCCAUCCCUCCUCCUGUAACGCCCCAGGGAGAAGCGUUUGACCCGGAGGAAGACGAGCCGGUUCUGGAAGUGGCCUGGCCUCACAUCCAGGUUGUGUAUGAGUUCUUCCUGAGGUUCAUCGAGAGUCAGGACUUCAACACGAACAUCGCCAAGGCCUAUAUCGAUCACCAUUUUGUGCUCCAGCUGCUGGAACUGUUUGACUCCGAAGACCCUCGGGAACGCGAUUUCCUCAAGACCACCCUGCAUCGUAUCUAUGGGAAAUUCCUGAACCUGCGGUCGUAUAUCCGUCGAUCCAUCAACAAUGUUUUCUUCCAGUUCACAUACGAAACGGAGCGAUUCAACGGUAUUGCGGAACUCUUGGAGAUCUUGGGGUCAAUCAUCAACGGGUUUGCUCUUCCUCUUAAGGAGGAGCACAAGCUUUUCCUCACGAGGGUCUUGCUGCCCUUGCACAAGGUGAAGAGCCUCAGCAUGUACCACCCUCAGCUGGCCUACUGUAUUGUCCAAUUCCUCGAGAAGGAUUCGUCUCUAACGGAAGAGGUUGUACUCGGACUGCUACGCUACUGGCCCAAGGUUAACAGCACAAAAGAAGUCAUGUACUUGAACGAAGUGGAGGAUAUCUUUGAGGUCAUGGAUCCGGCCGAGUUUGCUAAGGUCCAGGAGCCCCUGUUCCAGCAGCUGGCCAAGUCGGUUGCAAGCCCACACUUCCAGGUCGCCGAGCGAGCACUCUACUUCUGGAACAAUGAAUACUUCUGUAAUCUGGUUAGCGACAAUGUCGAUACCAUCUUACCGAUCAUGUUCCCUCCCUUGUACGAAAACUCGAAAGGCCAUUGGAACAGAACGAUCCACAGCAUGGUGUAUAACGCUAUGAAAAUGUUCAUGGAGAUCAACCCCCAACUUUUCGAUGAAUGCUCGCACGACUACAACGAGCGACAAAAUAGCGCUGAGCAGCGUGAACGAGCCCGACAAAGCCGAUGGGAGAAGGUCGCGGAGCAGGCUAAAGAUAGACAGAACGGCGUUGCUCCGCCUCCACUAUCGUCGACGACGGCGGAGAUCCCGGUUCAGGUGGACGAGGUUGACUCCCUCACUAAUGAUAGCCAGAAGCGUCUGCAUGCCUUAAAGUUGGAUGAGUCCGGUACGCCAACCGAGAGAAGGGCCACCGGGGGAUCGAGACGGCGCCGAGGUUCCAUCGAUGGUCCCAGGAGGCGAAGAAGUGGCAGCGGCAGUGAGAUUCGACCGCGACGAAGAUCGGUUGGCUCAGGUGCCGUAACGAUCUUGUCACGAAGCAACUCCACCAAGUGACAAUCGAAUUUAUGGCAUUUUUUCUCGUUAGACUUUCCACUACGACGGCAUUAGCGAUUACGAGCUGCGAUGAAGUAUAUUUGAUUCUUCUUGGGUUUUGAUCCAAAUCGC